AUGACUCCCACUGUGUUUUACUUCCCGAUCAGGGGCCGCGCCGAGCCCAUCCGCCUGGCGCUGGUGGCCAUGGGCAUUGAGUAUGAAGAGCAGGCUGUGGACUAUGGCGAGAUGAAGAGCGCGCUGGAAAAGUAUCCGUUCGCCCAGUGCCCUCGGUUUGUGGAUGAGGAUGGAGAUAUCUCUCAGUCCAACACCAUCCUGCGCCACAUCGGGCGCAAGCACGGCUUGUACGGCAAGGGGCUGAAGGAGGCGGCAGAGAUUGACAUGCUGGCAGAUGGCGUGGAGGACAUCAAGCGCAAGUACCUCAGUCUCAUCUACACAGACCAGCUGGCAGAGGAGGCCAAGGCAGCCUACUGGACCGCACACUUCGACCCCGCCACCACCGGCGGCCGCAACGGCGGUGCCCACUUUGCCUACCUCUCCCAUCUGGUGGCAAAAUGCGGCAGCGGCGGCUGGGCGGUGGGCGGCGCUCUGAGCAUUGCCGACAUCCUUCUCUUUGACAUUGUCGACGUGCACCAGCGGGCGUUUGGGGAGGACAAGUUUGCGGCAGCCUACCCAAACUUGGCGGCGGUGUAUAAGCAGGUGGAGGCCAUCCCAGGGGUGAAGGCCUACCUGGAAAGUCCGGGGCGCAUGGCCAAGGUGAACGGCAACGGCCUGGGCUGA